UCAAAUGAGGGCGGGAAAACACAUCGAUUUCGUGCGGUGUGUAAAGAAGAUGUCUACGCUGUGGAAUGAAGACAAAACUGCAGUUUGUAAUCUCUGUAAUCUCUGCACUGAUAACAUUUCACACCGGAAGUGAGCAGCAGUGAAGCGGGAGUUUCGGGAGUCUUUUGGUUUUUUUUUUUAAAAUUAAAGCUCCAGUACACUGUUGAAAGAUUUAAAUGAAGACGAGUUGACAAAAAAAGUAUAUAUUGCACAGAGAAAUAUAUUUGUAGAGUAGUAUAUUUCAUAUCCAGUUAAUGUUAAUAUAUAAAAAAGUUGAUAUUAUAUAUUACCAGUUUGAUGUUAAUAAUGAAGUAGAAAUGCUUGUGUUUGUGGAGAGUGAAUGUGAGACUAACAGGAGGUUUUAUAGAAUUCAGUCCAUGUUAAUAUGAAUUAAUAUCAUUCAAUAAGUUAAUAAUCUUACUUUAAUCUUCAGAAUUGAGUUCAUGUGUUAAUGUUAAUUAGAGUAAUGUGUUUUCUGUUGAUGAGACCAGUUACUGUCAAACAACGUGUUGAAAUGGAGAGAAUAAAGUUUUUAUUUGCAUUUCUUUCAGAAUUGUGGAAUUAAUUAUUAUUCAUUUAAAAUAAGGUAUAACAGAGAACUAUCGGUAUCGGCUGAGAAAUUUAGUUUCGGUGCAUCUCUAAUAUAUAAAUAUAUACGUGUAUGUUUUGUUUCGUCACUAAUAUCCGUCAUGCUCCACACUCCAGCCCAGUAGGUGGCGGAAUUGCACUUUGAAUCGUACCGCCAUUAAAAGGAAAGAAGAAGAAGAGUCGGCUCUUAACGUGAAGCGAAUCAUUCGUUCGAGAAUGAAGGAUCACUACUGCGUAUGCGCAGCGGAAAAGCACUGCGCAUGCGCAGCUCACAGGGCACUGGGUAGCGUCGAGCGGUUAUAAACAUGUCUGUUGUUUUUGUGCCCAAGAGACAACGUGGGAAAGCGCAAAUUAACCAAGAAACCAUUCAGAGACUGCUGAAUGAAAAUGACCAGCUCGUGAGAUGUAUAGCGGAGUACAUGCAGAAGGGCAGAGCCACUGAAUGUGUACAGUAUCAACAGAUCCUCCACAGAAACAUAGUUUAUCUAGGAACGUUAGCAGAUGCCAGUCCUGAUGUGUCUGUAAGUCCAUCACAACCUGCACAACUCUCACACACAUACACCUUGUGUUGCAUAAUCUUCAAUUGUAAUGACCCCGCUUGUCUUUCAGGCUCCUUGUGAAGGCGCAACUCUCGCUGGAACGAAGGACGUCUCUAAAACCUGAUUUAGAGCCGCAUCUGCAGUCUGACUGAACCUUGCACUAUGUACAGUGUUUGUUUUUUUUUGUUGUUUUUUCUUUAGGGCUAGUUACACCAGAGCGCUGUUCCAUCCUUCAUUCUGAUUGGCCAGGAAGUGUUGAUUUAACGUUGCGUAACAGCAGCUCAGACAGAGGACGGGUUUUUAAUCGUCGUUUCUAUCGGAAGGUGGACGAUAACGUUAAAGGGAUUAAAAGACACGCUGCUAUUUAACAAAGACAAGUGGUUAACGUUUGUGGAAGGAGUCUCCAGUGUCAGCGUUUCGUAAUGGUCAGUUUAUCACCAUGGCAACGUCUUCAGAACGCAGGACUAAUGUCAAGAGAGAUGUUAAAACGGAAUGAUUGUUUAGAGCUGCUGUAAUACAAGCGAGAACUCGUUUCGUGGACGUUCCAGAACAACUAUAAAUGGAUAAAAAGUACACAUUUUGUUUCUUUAGUUCCUUGAUAAGUGUGUAAGAGAAAUAAAUCACUUCAGGAUGUGCCUGAACAUGGCCUCAGAGCCACUUUUGGUAAAAAAUAAACUGCUAAUUAAAGUGUG